AGAGCCUCAAUCCAGCUAUGACGUCUGCUCUGGGUCGUUUCAGAGUCCCUGCCCCACAUAUGUACCUAAUUGCAGGGGCAUCCCUCGGCGGGCUGCUGUUUCUGCGACAUGUGUCAAGCUCUUUGCGGGGUGACAAGUUCACGAUAUCCUUGUCACCAAGGGAGACUGCUUUGCCCAGAUUCUCAGAAGAUGAGCUAGAAAAAUUGCCAUAUCCUCCGGAUGCAUUGCCAGGAGCACGAGAUGUAGACUCUCCUUAUGGCAGCAUUCGAUGUUACGAGUGGGGCCCUGAGGAUGGCGAGAAGAUACUGCUCAUCCAUGGCAUAUCGACACCAAGUAUUGCGUUGACUGACCUCGCUUACAAGCUGGUUGAGAAAGGCUGUCGUGUGAUGCUGUUCGACCUCUUCUCCCGCGGAUACUCCUCCGGCCCAUCCCCGCAUACGCACCGCUACGACUCCUCCCUCUAUACCUCCCAGAUCCUACUCACCCUCACAUCCUCCCCCCUACGCUGGUCAUCCUUUACUCUAAUCGGCUACUCCCUCGGCGGCGCCUUGGCCGUAGACUUCACAUCCUACUUCCCCAACCUCAUCACCGGCCUAGUCCUCGUCGCGCCCGGCGGUCUUAUCCGCAGGACGCACACGACCUGGAAAUCCCGGCUCUUAUACAGCACAUCGGGCCUGUUGCCCGAAUUCUGGGUCGAACGGCUGGUGGCGCAACGCCUGUACACUGGCCCCGAGGAGGUGAGGAGUAUCGAGCCUGAGCCCGACACGGUUGAGAACGCGGAAGUCAAGAAAAGUAGUGGGGGAGACGCCACGUAUGCGUCAAGCCACCAUGCCUUAUUACCGGGCAAUCCGUUUAGCACUGUUGGUGCGGUUGUGGACUGGCAGAUCGAGCACCAUGGUGGGUUUGUGCCGGCGUUCAUCAGCUCGAUUAGGUAUGCGCCGGUGCACGGGGAGCACAAAAGGUGGAGAGUACUUGGAAGGAACAUUGGUGAGAGUAUUGGGAGCUUGAGGAAGGUGUUUGUUGUGUUGGGUGAGACGGAUCCUAUCAUCGUUAAGGACGAGAUUAUGGAAGAUGCGAGCGAGUGCCUUCAGGCUGAGAACGUGGAGUUUGAGAUUGUAGAGGGCGCAGGGCAUGAGGUUGCUAUUGAGAGAGCGGAUGAUGUCUUGCGUGUCGUUGGAAGGGCGCUUGGGAAGUGGUGAACAGGUGAUAGAGUUUAGACGUAGGUCGUAGAGGUCAUAGAGUCUAGAUAAUGUACAUGCU